UCUGAAUCCACUACGCAGGGACAGACAGAGGAAAGGGACGUCAGCUCGCAGUGAAGGACGGUAAACAAGGCGACCUGAGCGGCCCGGUACCGCAGGAGAGGCUCGGCACAGAACCAGCUGAGCAAACAGCGGAUUCCGGGUCCCCGGCCGCAGCCACCCUCCAGCCCGCACAGUCGCAGGAGGGCUGCGCUCCCGGCCGCCCAGGAUGAGGCUGCUCGUCCCUGCCCUCCUACUAGCCCUGCUUGCCACCGCCCGUGCUGCUGAAGAUUCCUGUGAGGGCCGCUGCGAUGAUGCCUUCGACGCGCGGCGCAAGUGCCAGUGCGACACCCUCUGCGUGUACUACCAGAGCUGCUGCAGCGACUACUCCACCGUCUGCAAAGCCAAAGUGACCCGGGGAGACGUGUUCGCUUUGCCGGAGGACGACUACCUUGACUACAACCUCCCCGUCGACUUCAGUACGGUAGGGGACACCGAGGCACCCCCCACAGAGGUGCCCCCAUCCCUGUUGACGGUGCAGCCCACGCUGGAGACCGAGCCGGACCCCGAGGAGACGCUGACGGAGGUGCCUGUGGAGGUGGUGCCCAGCACCACGCCGGAUGGCGCCGGGGAGCGGGACCCCGUGGAGGAGCCCGAGGAGCUGUGCAGCAGGAAACCUUUCGACGCCUUCACUGACCUGAAGAACGGUUCCCUUUAUGCUUUCCGAGGGAAGUACUUCUACGAGCUGGACAAGACGAGCGUGCGUCCCGGCUACCCCAAGCUCAUCAGCGAUGUCUGGGGCAUCGAGGGCCCCAUCGACGCAGCCUUCACCCGCAUCAACUGCCAGGGCAAGACUUACCUGUUCAAGGGCAGCCAGUACUGGCGCUUUGACGACGGAGUCCUGGACCCCGGGUACCCACGCGACAUCUCCGAGGGCUUCGAAGGCAUCCCGAACAACGUCGACGCUGCCUUCGCCCUCCCCGCGCACAGCUACCACGGCAAUGAGAGAGUCUAUUUCUUCAAGGACAAGUUAUACUGGUCGUACGACUUCGCCCACCAGCCCACGCAGGCGGACUGCGAGAAGUCCUCCCCCUCGGCCGUGUUCAACCACUACGCCUUCAUGAACCGCGACAGCUGGGAGGACGUCUUCCAGAUCCUCUUCGGCAGCAGGAUGACCGGGGCCAGCAGCCCGCGGUACAUCAGCAAAGACUGGCGGGGGGUGCCCAGCCGGCUGGAUGCCGCCAUGGCCGGCAGGAUCUACGUGGCCUCCCAGCAGCCCCGGAGGAGGAAGUCUCGCCGCCAGCGCAAGAGGUACAAGAGCCACCGCUCACUGAAUUUGGGCUUCUGGAGAUGGCUGCAAAACGACUCCGAGUCCGCGGGCGUUGAAAGCGACUGGCUGUCAGGCUCCCAGUGCAAGACCCUCCAGAGCGUCUACUUCUUUGUAGGAGACAAAUACUACCGCGUCAACCUGCAAACCAAGCGCGUGGACCUGGUGCAGCCCCGCUACCCGCGCUCCAUCGCCCAGUACUGGCUGGACUGCCCGCAGCCCGGGGAGGAGAGCACCUGAGACAGCCCCCCCGCAGCCGCCCACCCGAGGGAGCCCCCCCCGCAGCCGCCGGGCAGCACAGCCCCGAGCUAGAGAGAAAUAAACUGUGAGUGCCGCGCAGGCUGGAGAA